AAUAUUUGUAUAAAGCUCACAGUUUGCAUGAAGCAGGAACAGAAGGAUCUCUUUUGUCAGGCAGCAGUCUUUGAUUGAUUGGCGGGCAUGUAAGACUACAUGUCACAGCCAGGCGCGACAUUUAUUCGAUUUUAAAAUCAUACAAAAUAGUUUGUAUCCCUCUUACAGUUCUUUUACCCAUUUUAUCCCCCCUUCACACUCUUCUGCAUUUCUUCAGUCUACAAAUUGUUUUUCGGUCUUCCCCCGUCCACGUGUCAAAAUUUUGACACAUUCUAAAUUCUCAGCACAUAUGACUACAUACGGUAGCACAUUUCAGCCAUUGUUAAUCAUUCACAGUAAUUGAUCGCAAACAGAAAUUUAUUGUAACCAUGUUUAUAUUCCGAACCAAAAAAUUACCAAGUUGUAAAUUGUAGACAUCAAACCCGUUUCAAGAUUGAUACGAUUUGUUAACCUCCUGUGCAAUUGCUCUAAAUUUUCAAGAAACAAUUAUUCUUACUAAGUAAGUAUAAGUUAAAUUAACAAAUGUAAAAUAUACAAUUUUUAAAGUCCAGGAAUUUAAUAUAAAUAAAUAGUUUCUAAAUAUAUUUAUAUUUAAUAGUGUUAUGCACGAACGCGCGAAUACUUAACCAAUACAAUUAAAAGUAACUUAUAUUAUAUAUAUAAUUAUGAUACAACAUUAACCUAAUAUAUAUUAUGUUAUUAAUAAAAUAAUUUUAAUAAUAUAACUAUAAAAUUUUUACAUUGUUUUUUUAAUUUUUUUCAGUAUAGUAGUAUAUCUUAAAUUUACUAUUUUUACUUUUUUUUAUAGAUUCCUUUUAAAGACAAGAUAAUCAAACUAUUUAAAUGUGAUCCAUCACAUGUGAUUCAUAUCAUCACGGAAAAUAAAUCCUCCAAUUGUUUAAAUUUUGAUAUGGAUGCAGAGCCAACCACCAGUAACAAAAAAAACGAAAAAUACAAUACAAAUAAUCAACGUUUGAUAGCCGAAAAUGGCGGCCGUUGUAUGAGUACACAAGCAAUGCAAUCGCUCUAUGAUUUUCGACAGAAUAAUUUGCUUUGUGAUGCAAUAUUGAGAUUAGAAGAUGGCGGUGUCUUCCCGAUUCACCGAGCUAUACUUUCAGCAUGCAGUACUUAUUUCAGGGCAUUAUUUACAACUACAUUGCAUUCUCGUGAAAAAACCGAUGUUCUUCUACCAGGUGUAACAAGUCCAAUGAUGAAUCUUCUGCUGGAAUACGCAUAUUUACGAUCUAUUGAUGUAAACCGUGAAAAUGUAUGUGAACUGCUGACCACGGCGGAUUAUUUAAGCAUUGUAGGUGUGCUUGAUCUAUGCUGUGAUUACUUGAAAGAUAAUUUAGCGCCGGAAAAUUGCAUCGAAGUGAUGAGAUUUGCUCGUCAACAUUUCUGCAAGAAACUAGAAAAUGACGCUUACCGGUAUAUUGUGGGACACUUCGUCGAGGUGUCACAGAGAAGCGAAGAAAUUUUAAAUUUACCUAUUGAAGAACUGAAACCGUUAGUCGGUGCCGAUGAAUUAAAUGUUAAAAGUGAGCAGACAGUUUGGGAGCUAGUUUUGAGAUGGAUAAAUCAUGAUCCAGAAUCUAGAAAAGAUUAUAUUGUCGAUUUAAUGAAAAACAUCAGACUCGGUCUCUUAGAUACGCAAUUUUUUCUGGAGAAUGUCAAGGAUCACCCUUAUGUCGUGGGCAAUGAUGCAUGCAGACCCAUCAUCAUUGAAACUCUGAAAUUCUUGUAUGAUUUAGAAAUGAUAACUCAGAAAGAUGGAGAAGUGCCAACGCCAGAAAUUGCGCGACCUAGAGUUCCGCAUGAAAUUCUAUUCUCUAUUGGUGGAUGGAGCGGUGGCUCUCCGACAAAUUACAUCGAGACAUAUGAUACAAGAGCAGAUAGAUGGAUUCCGAUUGAAGAAACAGAUCCAACUGGGCCGCGAGCUUAUCAUGGACUCGCAGUGGUUGGUUUCGACAUUUAUGUUAUCGGAGGAUUUGAUGGCGUCGAUUAUUUUAAUAGCUGUCGUUGUUUCAACGCGGUGACCAAGGUGUGGCGAGAAGUUGCUCCCAUGAACGCCAGAAGAUGUUAUGUUAGUGUCGCAGUCUUAAAUGAUCUAGUUUAUGCAAUGGGAGGAUAUGAUGGAUAUCAUCGUCAAAAAACUGCAGAACGUUAUAACUAUAAAACAAAUCAAUGGUCUCUUAUUGCAUCAAUGAAUGUGCAGAGAUCUGAUGCAAGUGCAACGACAUUAAACGAUAAGAUAUAUAUUACUGGUGGUUUUGAUGGACAUGAUUGUUUGAAUACAGCCGAAGUAUAUGAUCCUAGUACCAACCAGUGGACAAUGAUAACAGCAAUGAGGUCACGUAGGAGCGGAGUGUCGUGCAUAUCUUAUCACGGCUGUGUUUAUGUUAUUGGCGGUUUCAACGGCAUAUCUAGAAUGUGCAGUGGGGAAAAAUAUAAACCUUCUACGAACAGCUGGAGUCAUAUUCCCGAUAUGUAUAAUCCGCGUAGCAACUUUGCCAUUGAAGUAAUCGACGAUAUGAUUUUUGCUAUCGGCGGUUUUAAUGGUGUUACUACAACAUACCAAGUGGAAUGUUACGACGAAAAAACAAAUGAAUGGUAUGAAGCUACAGACAUGAAUAUAUGCAGAUCAGCACUGUCAGCCUGCGUAAUUAUGGGUCUUCCAAAUGUAUAUGAUUAUAUUCACAAGCAUCGUGAACGCCUAAUGGAGGAAAAGCGCCAAAAGUUAUUGGCUCACGAAGUACGUCGAAAUCAGCAACAGCAACAAGAACAACAGCAGACGAGACAAACAUCGCAACUCAAUCAAAUUAUACCUCCACCACCACCUCUACCACGUUAAUAAAUGAAAUGAUAAUCGGCGCCGUUAAAAUCAAAUAUCACUAUUACGUAUUUGCUUACAGCUGUAUACAUCUAUUUUAUUAAUUAAUUUGCAAUGCAAAAUUUUGAAUUAUUGCCAGACGUAGCAUAAAAUAGCUAUCAAAAGAAUGAAAGUCAAUUGAUUCAUUAUUAAUAUCACAUUAACUGUUUACAUAUUUGACGAUGAUUAUUUUUGUCUAUACUCACAAAAAAAGAUUUAUUAUAUUUUUAUAAUUUUCAGACUGCCAUUUACUCAUCUUUGUUACAUUAAAUCUUUUUUGAUAGCAAAUAUUUCUAUUAAACCUUUUUACAAUUUUAUACAUGCUAUAUAUGUAAUACUGUCAAUGAUGUUAAUACCAUAAAUGAUUAAAGUAAUUAACAAAGAACUAAUUCAAAAUAAUUCAUUCUUUUUUUGUUUUAAAAAUUGAUGUCAAAUUAAUUAUUGCAAUAAUAAUACUCAGAAUAGUAACAUAAAUUAGAGUAUAAUUGCAUUGUAAAUAUAAAAAAUGCAACCAAAGCAAAUAAUAGCAUGAACCAAGAAAUAAAAAAAUAAAAACAAAAUUUUAUGAGAUAAUAAUUUCGUAAACAUAAAAAAUUGUUUUGAAAAAAAUCUUUUGACGUUACCUAAAUACGGUGUUGUGUAAUUCAAUGCAAUAAUGCAUGUAAAUAAAAUUACAAGAAUUUGUACAAAA